UCCUUUCUCCACCUUCUCCCAUAAAUCUCCCUCCCCCCUCCUCUCUUCUUCUACUGCUCUAAAUCAUAGAAAGAAAUCAUGGAUUUAAACUGCUGCAACAAAAAGCAGCUCAACAAGAAGACCAGCAGCAGCAGCAGCAUAACAAUAGAUGAGGAAGAGGAGCCCUCAUGCUACAACUCCAGUUUCUGCUGCUUCUUCUGCGCCAUAAGGGAGCCAAACCCCCGGCUCCGGCGUUCGGCGCUCGCCACCUUCUUCCACGAGAUGCCGCACCGCGACGACCAGUCGCAUGUCCUCGUCAUGAGCGCCCUCUGGAGCAUCGCCAUGAACCAUCCCGUGGACCCCGAGCUUCCCAUGGCCGGGGCCCUUCGCUGCAUGUCCCUCCUCGUAACCAAGGCCCUCGCCGACCCCGCCUGGCUCCUCGGCCACCAGAACAUCUACAUCCCCUACUACGCCGCCCACGUCCUCGGCUCCUACACCAUCCGCCUUCCCGCCCUCGCUGGCCUGGCCGUCGAGGCCGGCGCUGUCGCGCCGCUCGUCGGCCUGCUCCGGGGAUCCAUGACCUGGGUCGAGCAGCGGGUGGCCGUCCGUGCCAUCGGCCACCUCGCCAGCUACGACACCACCUUCCCUGCUGCUCUCCGGCACGCCGACGAGCUGGUGCCCCUCGCCAUGCGUGUCGCCUCCACCUGCCUCGACACCGUCUACAACCAGUUCGUCGGCGUGCCGCCAGACGAGCGGGAACAGUACCACCGGGACCUCCUGACGAGAGGGCUUGGAGGGGCGGAGAUGGAGAACCGAAAGGCCGAGGAGUGGGCCAGCCAGCUCCAGUGCUGGUGCCUCUACCUGCUAAGCUGCUUCGCCGUCAGGGAUAAGACAUCCCAUGAUCUAAUUUGCCGGGACGUUGGUUUCUUGAAAGAUUUGUGCCGGAUGUGGGGAGGGCUAGUUAAUGGCGACUCCCCGGCGGGGGUCGGGCUGAUGAGAAUACUCUGUCGGAGCGAGGUCGGGAGGGAAGCCAUAGCCGGGUGCCGAGAGGUGGUCACGAGCCUCUGCGAUCUCUCUAGAUCCUCCGAUGACUGGCAAUACAUGGGCAUCGACUGCCUCCUAUAUCUCAUCGAGGAUCUCAACACUCGCCGCAAGGUCAUGGAGGCCGCCGCGCCAUGUCUCGUAGACCUGGCGGAGCUCCGAAGCCUGGGUGCGAGGAGAAAGCUCGGAGACAGGAUCACGAAGGCACUACUCCUUCAUUUUGAUCAUGAAGUUAAAGUUGGCGGGGAGGCGGAGAGAGCCAUCAAAAGCAUGUGGGACUUAAAGGUGGAGAGAAAAAAGAGAGAGGAGGUGAUGCCAAAGGAGGAAGUCAUAGAGAGACAAGCCUUGGCGGCCAUAAAGAAGCAAAAAGGGAACGAGAGGUUUUGGUCGGGCGAUGUCGAGGAGGCCAUGGUUAGGUACACGGAAGCAUUGGAGCUGUGCCCAUUAAAGAGGAGGAAGGAGAGGCUAGUUCUAUAUAGCAACAGGGCGCAGUGCUACCUCCUGCUGCGAGAACCCGACGCAGCCAUCAGCGACGCGACACGGGCUUUGGCUCUGGCACGCCCCGUGAACGGCCAUGGGAAGAGCCUCUGGCGGCGUUCGCAGGCGUACGACAUGAAGGGGAUGGCGAAGGAGAGCCUGAUGGACUGCAUCAUGUUUGUGAAUGGGUGGUUCCAUGGGAAGGAAUACGAUGAGAGAAGGCGGCGAGCUAAGGUUCCAUACCAUGCAGCCCGUAUGAUCAACAAGCAGAUGAGCAAAGCUGGGCUCUUUGCUAGCUUGGCUACGUCCAAGAAGAUAAAGACCAAACCUGGGAAUUAUGAUGGUGAUGAUGAUGGUGCCGGUGACGAGAGGGAGGAGGAGAUUGGAAUUGGUUCUGGUUCUUCUAUGUCCGGCUUGGGUUUGCCAACCAUACUGGAAGAGCCCUGGUCGAGGAGAGCGAAGAAAGGGUUGGACGGAUGAGGGAGAGAAGAGAGGCUUAUUACGUAGGACUACAUGAAUACUGUUAGCUUUGGGUCUGGAGUUCUUUUUUUUAUGGCUUGGAUCAAACACCGCAUAAUGCAACGACCAGGCUUUGUCAAAACGAGGUGGUAACGUUUCUACUGUAUUGUUACUAUUGUACGUGUGACGAGCUCAAAUUGCUUGGGCUUUUUUGAUAUUGCGAUU